AUGUCUCAGAAUCGCCGUCGACCCCUACCUCGUGAACCCAAUGAUGAGGAGAAGAAUGUAAUCGUGGCUGUGCGGCAUUGUGCUCGUGAAUUGGAUGAUAUGCUUCAGGGUGCGAGGCGGAAAGCUCAAGUUGACGCCAAACUCUUUGCGACGAAAACUGCGGUCUCGCUUUUUCGAGGCGUUGAAUUCUACGCCGAUAUGUAUUCGAAAUUGAAAAUAAAGUCACGCAUGGCUCUCACGAGGUUUUUUCAGCGGUCCCGCGACCUUGAUGAUAUGGUUGAUACCCAAGAGGCAAUUGACGAAACGGAGGAGUGUUGGAAAAGCUUUUUGAUGAAUAUAGAUAAUGAUAUGAAAGGCGACAUCUCAAAGCAGCCUCCUUCUUACCCUGUGAAAGGAAUUGGUGAUUAUAUCGAGCUUUUGGAACCGCGUUUAAUUGAUUGUAGUAGUUUUGAGGAAUGCAACUUGCAACAAACCCUUUCUGAAUAUACAAGUUCGCUCUUGAUAUUUCAACCAGCUUAUUUGCCGGACAUAUCCGUGCGGUGCAGGUUUUCGGAAAUUUCCAAAGUCGUGGCAGAUUUUUACCAGUUGAACGUUGGUUUCGUCGUUAUAACAUGGGGUCCUGAGUCUGCUGUGCGAGCUUGGAGCAAGCACUUGUUGAAGCAUCUAAAGUGGCCUGUUUUAUGGGAUUGUGAAAAUUUCUUCACAUCUUUCCUUUCUUUCAAACGAGGCUGUGCAGCGUUGUGGGCUUCUCAAAUGCUGGAUUUUUGUGCAUACCAAAGCAUCACCUAUAAGCGCUCAAUCCAGCCUCUGCCAAUCGACAUCGAUUGGAGCACUUGGAAUUGGGUGGGUGGUGAAGUUGUGAUCGCAUCCCCAGCUGUCAGCCGUAUGCUCUACAAACGGGAGUUAGAGGCGCGCACUCGGACCUCUUCUGAAGAAAAGGCUGAUGUUUCUCCUCUGCCGAAACGACCUGAUACGGGAUCAAGUUCUCGCAUCUGCUUCAUACAUCGCGCUGAUAACGUAGCUGACAUGGCGCUUCCAGGUAGCAUUUACCAAGCUGCUUUGGUCUGCUUUGCAACCUCACAAAAUAAGAGCGAAUCUGACGUGGUUGAGGAGAUUCGGACCCAUCGACGCCUCGCCACACCUCCGGAGUCGGGUCGGCUGCAAUACGAGGAUGCAACAGGCCUUUACUACGACCCAGAGACAGAGUUGCACUAUGACUCACGUACAGGCUACUUUUACGACGCUGUGCGGCGUACCUACUACUAUUGGUCGGCGGAAUCUCACCGUUACGUGCCAGCAAAUGAAUUAGUCCGUGCACAGCAAGCAGAGGCUCACAAACUACGACUGGAGGCGGCGCAACAAGCAGCACUUCGCGCAGUACGUGAACAGGAAGCGGCGCGAGCUGCCGGAGCACGAGUUGCCGCACAACUGGCCGCAUUGCGUGCUGAAAAGGACGAGUACGCCAGCUACGCCUACGCUACCUGCCUUUUCGAACCAGCCGAUGAUCCCAUUGCUGCUGUUCACUCCUCUUCCAGUGCUGGCAUCCAAGAGUCUCUACGUCUUCUUGGUGGUAGCAUUUCAACCACCACCGCCUCCGCUGCUGCUGCUCCUGGAACCUCAUUAACCAAUCACGAGAGCUCUCUUUAUCCUCCCGGCUGUCCUCCACCGCCUGGUACCUAA